CUUCCUUCUUUUUUUAUAUAUUAUCAUCACAUAUAGAUAAAAAUUACUAUGCGUUUUAACAUUCUUUCUCUUGGCUUGGUUGCAUCCAUGAUUAUGUCAUAUACCAUUAAUGCCGAAGUGGUUGAUCACAGGGUCCAACGUAAAGCUUUUUUGUCUCGUAGAAGAUUAGGUCAUGCGGUUCAUUCUCGUCGAUACGAUGAAGCCGUUGAAGCCGUUGAAGAAACAAACUGGGAUGAUCAAGCAGGAGAUGAGGCUGCUCCCUGGGACAAUCCAGAACAAUGGGAUACACAAAUUGAAGAUUUAUAUACCAAAUAUGAUGAUGAGGACGAAGAAGAUGAAGAUGAAGAAGAUGAAGAUGAAGAGGACGAGGAUGAAGACGAAGAGGAUGAAGAUGAAGAGGACGAGGACGAAGAAGAUGAAGACGAGGAUGAAGAAGACGAGGAUGAAGAAGAUGAAGAUGAAGAUGAAGACGACGAAGAUGAAGAUGAUGACGAUGAUGACGAUGAUGACUUUGACUUUGAAGUUUCCAAUGAGUAUGAAGAUAGUUUUGACUUUAUAAAUGACUACGACGAUACUGUUGAUGUUUCUGCUGAUAACGACAAUACUUAUGAAAUUGAAAACGAGUUUGAUAAUACGUUGGAGACUUCUAACAAUGUUAUUUAUGACACUGAUGGCGACAAUGGUUACUUUGAUGAUAGUGAAUAUGCCCUUGGUGAUCAGUCUUUCCAAAAUUAUCAGUUUGAGGGACAAGCUGAUCAAUAUUAUGAUCCAGACAACCAAGCUGGCGACAAUGUAAAGUCAAACGAUAACGAUAAAUACGAAGAUGUUGAGGAAGAUAACCAAGUAAAAGAAUCAUCAAGCUCUUCUGUUCAACGUCGACAAGAAGCUGCUCCCGUAGAUAUUACAGAUAAUACACAAGUUGAGCAAUCUCCUGAACUGUCCCCUGAACAGCCUGCUGAUGUGUCUGCUGAACAGACUACUGAACAAGUUGAUGCCUCCACUGUAGGAGAGGAAGAUGAUGAUGAGGAAGAAGAGGAGGAGGAGGAAGAAGAAGAUGAGGAAGAAGAAGAUGAGGAGGAGGAAGAUGAAGAUGAAGAAGAGGAAGAGGAGGAAGAGGAGGACGAGGAAGAAGAGGAAGAGGAAGAAGAGGAGGAAGAAGAAGAGGAGGAAGGUGGUGAGGAAGGUGGCGAGGAAGCCGUAGAACAACCUGCUGUAGAACAGCCUAUUAUUGACUCUACUGCUGCACCAAUUGUUCGUCGUCGCCGUUAAACUUACAUUCCCUUUAUUACAUGGACCAACAAUUUUGGUAUGUAAUAUUUUAGAUUAUUAUAGUCUAUUAGUUUGAUCAUAGAGAUCGAGUAUUUCCUUUUUCCUUUUAUUUUUCUCGCCAUUUUCAUUAUUUAUUUUUUCACUAUCUAAUUCAAAACAAC